CAAUCUGCUCAUCGUGCUGGUCUCAGGAGUUUCAUCCGCUACGGCUGGGGGUGGAGCUGGAGAGUAGCCGCUUUUGUGACAAUAUUCAACACAGUGAGCACUGGUCUGUCUGUGUACCGUAAUAAAACCACCAUCAGUAAUUUUGCUUCGGCCGGAGCCUUCACAGGAGCCCUUUUCAGAAUGCACUUGGGCCUGCAGGGACUGGCAGGCGGCUUCGUGUUCGGAACAGCGUUUGGGAUCCCUGCAGGGGGCCUCUUAAUGAUAAUGCAGAAGCUUGCUGGUGAGACCUUGCAGGAGAAGAGAAAUCGUGAGCGCAGGGAGCUGUAUGAACAGAAGGCAGCAGAGUGGCAAUCCAGGCUCAGUGUGACUGAAGUCUUAGGCCAAACGGAAAGCAAUGCCCAGGGAGGACCGGAGAUGGAGAGAGCAAGAGAAUCUAGGAGCUACUGA